AUGAGCGAACCUCUCCCAUCUUCAUUUGACGGUCACGACCAAUUCGAGGAGGAAACUCCGCUUCAGAAGUUUGGACGAAGAUUCAAGGAGGAGCCAUGGGUUCCAGUUGGAUGUGCUGCUACCAGUUAUGCGCUCUGGCGUGCUUACCGGUCAAUGAAGGCUGGCGAUUCCGUUGAGAUGAACCGCAUGUUCCGCGCCCGUAUCUACGCCCAAGGACUCACGCUCUUCGCCGUGGUUGCUGGAGGGAUGUACUACAGGACCGAGCGCACGCAGCGGAGAGAGUUUGAGCAGGCGCUCGAGGUGCGAAAGGGUCAAGAGAAGAGAGACGCAUGGCUGCGUGAGCUGGAGAUUCGAGACAGGGAAGAUAAGGAAUGGAGGGAGCGUCAUGCUGCUAUUGAAGCAGCAGCAAAGGAAGCGAGAAAGAAGCCGGCUCUCGCUGAGCAGGACGCAGCUCGCUCUUCUCUUGAACGCUCCGAUGAGAAAACAUUUGGAGUCUUGGACGCUGUAAGGGAACUCGUUUCGCGACGACAGUAG